AUGAAAGUCAAAUGUUCGGGCUCCAGUCCCUGUACAAGAUGUGCUCGGAGGAAAAAGCCUUGUCACUUUCCAGUCGAGGAGACUCGGGUUUUAGUGUCGGAACGGUACCUACGUGAAUUGGAACAGCAUAUCGCCAGAAGUGGAAGUAUAGGGCAGAGUACAGCCCUAACAAAUCCGGAUCAAAGUCCCCUGGACGACACGUUGUUCAUGGGUGAUGAGCACACUGAAGUUCCACCCACUCCUCACACAUCCGACACCCUCCUCGAAAGUCAUGCAAAUGUCGGGUGGCAUUCAGUCCGUCAUGGAAUGGGUCCGCCCUUGCAUACACCAGAGACUCCCCAAAGAGGAUAUGAGAAUCGUGGCGCUGUACAGAAUUCUCACCAAUCGAGGUUCUCCAAAAACCCUUUGGUUGAUAGAGAUCCAUCUUUCGCCCAAACUCCCGAUGGCCGAUUUUGUAAGUUGUUUCAAUACCCGCCGCCAUGUGAUGUUGCUAACACAAUCUUGAAAGGGUAUAUGGGACCAACAUCAUCGUGGUCUUUCUGUCGCCGUGUUCUUGCAUUGAUAGGGAGGAAGGUGCCUGAGUCAAAUUGUCCGCCUGAUCCAUUCCACAUUGAUGGAACAGCGUUCAAGUUGCACUGGCGACCUUUCCCUCCGGAUGAAGUACCCGAUGUUACCAACCUGCCACCAUUGGAUUAUGCCCUUUUCUUAUUCAACACGGUCAAAUUUUAUUUUGGCUUUCUUUCUUUUAUGAUCGACGAAGCAGCAUAUUUACGUGACCUUCAUGAGUUCUAUAAAGACCCGGCAGCUAAAGCGGCAGCUGCAAGGCCGUGGUACUGCCAGUAUCUACUUGUCUUGGCUUUUGGGAAAGCAUUCUUGACACAGAAGAACCACUCAGGGACCCCUCCCGGUCAUCAAUACGCAUCCCGCGCGAUGGCCCUCUUACCUGAUUUGUCAGGAAUUGACGAAGACCCCCUGGCUUGUAUUCAGGCUUUGAGCUUAGGGGCCGUGUAUCUCCAGUCCAUAGACAUGAGAAGGGCGGCAUUCCAGCAUAUUGGCCAUGCCCUACGUGGUUGUAUCAUUGAAGGAAUUCAUCGACACGUACCCGAGGAGAUAUGUGGACCUGAGCUUUCCCAGAGGUGUCGAACGAUAUUCUGGGUGGUAUACAUGUUGGAUCGCGAGUUCUCUGCUCUGAUCGGUGCACCAAGCUCGAUUCGGGACGAAGAUAUCACGGUUAAACUACCAGCAGAAAUGAAUGAUUCAGUGGAACACAUCAACCUGACAUUGCAUGUCCGACUUUCUCGACUCAUGGCAACCAUUUUAACGACCGUCUAUGGAGUAGACAACGACUUUGAUGACACACUUGUUCGAAGCACACAAUCUAUUCUGCACAGUAUGGCAGAGCUUUCGCACGACCUUACGGAAUUUUUAAAUACACACUUUCACGGAUUAAUUAGUCGAGCUUCAAAAAUGGCAAUUAGAUUGAUGCUGGCUCAUCAUCAUUGUGUGGUCUUGACAACCAGACCACUUGUCAUGUGCGCUCUUCACAUGCAUAUUGAACGAACAGAGAGGCAAAGCUCUCAGACAAUUGCUUUAUCCGCCCCCGUCUCCUCUCUUCUACAAUGUUGUGCCGAGUCCGCACAGACAAUUCUCCAGACCCUCCGUGUUCUUGCCGACGAUGAUUUGAUGGACGCAUUCCUCCCAUUCCAAAUCGAAGACGCUUCAUCAUCUGCAUUUGUUCUUUAUCUUAUUCGCGCGAUUGCACCAUCUGUCAUCUCAAACGAUUCUUGGUGCGAGAACCUAGAAUGUGUAUUGGACAAAUUAAUAUCAAAAGGAAAUCUCGCCGCACCCCUACGAAGACUUGAGUUAAGACACUUGGAGCAUGUACUAGCGCCUUUGACACCGAAACUAUCAUAUCGCCCCCCUCCGGCGAGCUCCCAUGAAGGGAAUGAGAUUAAUGAAGAUUCGUAUAUCUUUGAUCAAGAGGAAUUCGAGUGGGACAUGCUCGGGCUCAAUUCUUCUGUCAGCCUUCCACCGCGAGAGUUGUUGGACCUCGCAGAUCAGCUAGAUGUGGAGGGUAUCAUGCAGUCUGUUGGGGUCUGA